UCUGGCGGGCUCUGGGAACGCAGCCCUGCCCCGGGACGCAUGCCCGGGAUUACUGCACGCACGUGGGACCCCCCGUCCCCUCAAACUGCCGCCGCCCGGGUCCCGUCCCCGCAGAAAGAUCCAGGAUUCAGGGGCAAGCACAGGGUGCGAGGACGGGCCUCUCUCUGAGGCGAGAAGGAAGCCAUCCAAAGCCAGCUGGCCUGGCUUUGAAACUACGAGAGAGAGACUGAGAGAGAGAGAAGAAAAGAGAGAGAGAGAGAUAGAGACAGGGUGGGAUAGAGAGAGAGAGACCGGAGAGAGAAGAAAAGGAGAUAGGGAAAGAGAGACAAAGUGAAAGGAACUCAGACGGGAGGACGGAGAGUGGAUGGAAAGGAAGAGAAAGAAUCCUCUUGUGAGAAAAGCACCCGAAGGCCCGAAAUCUGCAGCAGGUUCUGCCCAAGCGUUUCUACAGCAAGAGGAACAGGACACUUUUCUCCAAAAGAAGGCAACAGAAGUGCGAAGACAGAAGGAAACUGAAGACUGAGGACCUGAACUGAGCGCUGGGUUUCAUUGGUCCAGCCGAGAGGAGAUAUCUGCUGUGAUUGAUUGCGCGGAGGUGAGUCGGACAGCGGAGAGAGGCAGCGUGGACAAUGCGCUAGAGCAGAGGGGAGAAGAGCAGCUUGGGAGUUUUUCCGAUUUUCAGGGGGGCGUCAGGGAGUCGGCAGGCGGAAGAGGAGCGGAGCGGGACACCACGGGACGCCAAAAUGGGCCGGAAGAAGAUACAGAUCACCCGGAUCAUGGACGAGAGGAACAGGCAGGUCACCUUCACGAAGAGGAAGUUCGGCCUGAUGAAGAAGGCCUACGAGCUGAGCGUGCUCUGCGACUGUGAGAUAGCCCUCAUCAUCUUCAACAGCUCCAACAAGCUGUUCCAGUACGCCAGCACCGACAUGGACAAGGUGCUGCUCAAGUACACCGAGUACAACGAGCCGCACGAGAGCCGGACCAACGCCGACAUCGUGGAGAAAUUAAGACUCAAAAGCCAUAUUGACUGUGCCAGCUCUGAUGUGGAUGACUGUUUUGGGCACAGCCCCCGCGCGGAGGACGGGUUCUGCAAGCUUAGCGAAGAGGGGGAUUUCAUGUACAAGCGCUGCGCUGCGCUAAACAAGAAGGAGCACAGAGGCUGUGAUAGCCCGGACCCCGACUCCUCCUAUGUCCUCACCCCCCACACAGAGGAGAAAUAUAAAAAAAUUAAUGAGGAGUUUGAUAAUAUGAUGAGAAAUCAUAAAAUCCCCGCCGGUCUGCCGCCGCAGAGCUUCUCCAUGCACGUGGCGGUGCCCGUCUCCAGCCCCGGCGGCCUCUCCUCCUACAGCCCCGCCGGCUCCCUGGGCGGCCAGUCCCUGGCGGGCGCUUCGUCGCUGGGCGACGGCGGGAUGCUCUCGCCCCCCCAGGGCUCCCUCCACAGGAGCGUGGGGUCCCCCGGGGUCCCCCAGCGGCCCCCCAGCGCCGGCAGCACAGGGAAUGGCUUUGUGAACCCGCGGGAGUCCCCAGGGCUUCUGGGCACGCCCAGUGGUAACGGCCUGGGGAAAGGGAUGCCCACGAAAUCUCCGCCGCCCCCUGGAGUCAACAUGGGCAUGGGCGGCCGCAAACCGGACCUGCGGGUGGUCAUCCCUCCAUCCAGCAAGGGCAUGAUGCCCCCUCUGCUGUCGGAGGAGGACAUGGAGCUGAACGUCCAAAGGAUCAGCAGCAGCCAGGCUGCGCAGUCAUUGGCCACCCCGGUGGUGUCAGUCACCACGCCUAGCCUGGCUCCACAAGGACUGGUGUACUCAGCCAUGCCCACUGCCUACAACACAGAUUACUGCCUGAGCAGUGCGGAGCUCUCCUCCCUGCAGGGGUUCUGCUCCUCCGGAGGCCUUUCUGUGGGCUCGGCAUCGGCAUGGCAACAGCACCAGCUGGGCCAGAUCAGCCUGGGCUCCAUGGCAGGGGGCUGCCACAUACCUCAGGGUUCCAACAUCUCGAUCAACACCAACCAGAACGUCAGCAUCAAGUCCGAGCCCAUCUCCCCGCCGCGGGAGCGCAUGACCCCGUCCGGCUUCCCCCCGCACCACCAGUCCCACGGCCACCCGGGCCGGCAGGAGGUGGGCCGCUCCCCGGCCGACAGCCUGAGCUCGUCCUGCAGCUCGUACGACGGCAGCGACCGGGAGGACCACCGAGCCGACUUCCACUCCCCGCUGGGCCUGGUCCGGCCCGGCGGGGGCGGGGCCGAGGACCGCCAGAGCCCGUCCGUCAAGCGCAUGCGCAUGGACGCCUGGGUCACAUAGUCGCCCGGGCGACCGCCCGUCGCCAGCUACGUCCGGCAUGUUUAGGGCUGGGGGAGGCAGGGCGGGGGCC